UGGAUAAAACUGUCAAGCAGAGUGGACCAACAAACUCCACAUCAAUCGAAAAAAUGUCAACCGCUCGCGAGGUUCAAGGGCUUACCGCUCCCACAAGGGAGGAAAUAGCAAACGAGAAGCAGGCCUUACUCGGACUGAAAUUCCUAGAAACAAUCUGGAGCAUGAUCUGCGUUGGGAUACGUGUAUUUGGCAGCCAGGACAAAUCGGAACCGCUGCCAAAUGAUAUGUUCUUCUGUGGAAUAUUUGUGGGAUUUGCGGUGAUUUCGGCCGCAUCGUUCGUGAUCACGUGCUGCCGUUUUUGUAAAGUGAAUUACGUCACGGAAGCCGUAGUGUCGCUGUUUGGAUUUCUGGCAUUCGUAGUCUGUGGCUUCAGAGCAAUGUAUCAUGUCGAGAAUGAUCUUCAUUUGCGGUUCUUGACUGACAAGCAGGAAAGGAGCCACAAGUUCUUCGUCGUCAGCCGACUGGAAAGCAUUUUUUCUAUGCAGACAGCCGGGCUCUUUCUGGUGCACGGAGUCCUCAUGUGUGAUACUAUGGGGUGGCUGGGAAAACCCUUUGAACAUAGCAGCGGAAGUGUCAGUCGCAUCAGCAUUGAAGGAGAAGGCGUGCACAAGAGAUUACGGUUGAACCCGUUCUGGAGUGCACCGUAUGAGAAAUUGAAGUUGUUUUGCACAUGUCAUGUCGGAAAGUAACGGAAGAAUCGAAUUCAUUGGUUUUUGUUGUUUGUUCGAAUUAACCAAUAAAUUUAAAAAAAAUGU